AGCGUCCCGGCGCGCGGAGCAGGCCAUGGACGUGUACCGCACCCCCGCCGCGGCGCUGGCCAGCCUGGUGGCCCGCCGCCUGCAGCCGUCUGCCGAGUUCCAGCGGGCCGCCUGGCGCGCCCUGGGCGCCCUGGCCACCACCCUGCGUGAGCGCGGCGACCGCGCCGCCGCCCAGCCCUGGAGGGUGCUGAAAACCGCCAAGGGAGGCUCCGCCGGCCGGGGCACAGCCCUGAGGGGUGGCUGUGAUUCUGAAAUUGUCAUCUUCCUCGACUGCUUCAAGAGCUACAAGGACCACAGCGUCGAUAGGGCAGAGAUCCUCAAAGAUCUGUGGGACCUGCUGCAAUCUUGGUGGCAGAAACCCAUCCCCGGUCUGAACUUUGAGACUCUUUGGCAGGACAGGCCCGGGGUCCUACAGUUCCGCCUGGCAUCCACGGACCUUGAAAACUGGAUGGAUGUUAGCUUGGUGCCGGCCUUUGACGCUCUGGGGCAGCUCUGUGCUGGUGCCAAACCUGCGCCCCAGGUCUACUCGACUCUCCUCCACAGUGGUUGCCAGGGGGGCGAGCACGCAGCCUGCUUUGCAGAGCUGCGGAGGAACUUUGUGAACGUUCGUCCGGCAAAACUGAAGAGCCUGAUCUUGCUGGUGAAGCACUGGUACCGUCAGGUAUGCCAGGAGGAAGCGAAGAGGGAGAUGCUGCCUCCAGCCUAUGCCCUGGAGCUGCUGACCAUCUUCGCCUGGGAGCAGGGCUGUGGGAAGGAUGCCUUCAGCCUGGCCCAGGGCCUCCGGACCGUCCUAGGCCUGAUCCAGGAGUAUCGGCAGCUGUGUGUUUUCUGGACGCUCAACUAUGGCUUCGAGAACCCUACAGUCAGGAGCUUCUUGAGUUCCCAGCUGAAAAAACCCAGGCCUGUGAUCCUGGACCCGGCUGACCCCACGUGGGAUGUUGGGAAUGGAGCCACGUGGCACUGGGAUAUACUGGCCAGAGAGGCAGAGUCCUGCUAUGAGCACCCGUGCUUUCUGCAGACGGCAGGGGACACUGUGCAGCCCUGGGAGGGGACCGGCCUUGCACGUGCUGGGUGCUCAGGUUUAGACCACCCCAUCCAGCGAGACGAUGCCCAGAGGACCCCUGGGAACAGCAGCAGUCUCAAUGCUGUGCCCCCAAGGGCAGGAAGCAGGCAGCCCUCAUGGCCAGCUCCCCGACCCCCAGGGCCAGACAGCAUCACCCCUUCUACGCUGGGGAGGGCUGUGGAUCUGUCUCAGAUCGCCACCAAGGACCUGGACCGCUUCAUCCAGGACCACUUGAAACCAAACCCCCAGUUCCAGAAGCAGGUCGGCAAGGCCAUCAAUGUCAUCUUGGGUUGCCUCCGAGAGAAGUGUGUCUACAAGGCCUCGAGGGUCAGCAAGGGGGGCUCCUUUGGCCGGGGCACAGACCUGAGGGGUGGCUGUGAUGCCGAACUGGUCAUUUUCCUCAACUGCUUCGAGGACUACAGGGACCAAAGGGCCCGCCGCCCAGAGAUCCUUCAGGAGAUGCAGGCACAGCUGGAAUCCUGGUGGCAGGACCCAGUCCCCGGCCUGAGCCUGGAGUUUCCUGAGCAGACCGUGCCCGAGGCUUUGCAGUUCCGGCUGGUGUCUACGGCCCUAGAAAGCUGGAUGGAUGUGUGCCUGGUGCCUGCCUUUGAUGCCGUGGGGCAGCUCUGUGCUGGUGCCAAACCUGCGCCCCAGGUCUACUCGACCCUCCUCCAGAGCGGCUGCCAGGGGGGCGAGCACGCAGCCUGCUUCGCAGAGCUGCGGAGGAACUUCGUGAACGUUCGUCCAGCAAAACUGAAGAGCCUGAUCCUGCUGGUGAAGCACUGGUACCGCCAGGUCGCAGCUCAGAACAAAGGACAGCAGCCAGCCUGUGCCUCUCUGCCUCCGGUCUAUGCCCUGGAGCUCCUGACCAUCUUCGCCUGGGAGCAAGGCUGUGGGGAGGAUUCUUUCAAAAUGGCGCAAGGCUUAAAGACUGUUCUAGAGCUUGUCCAGCAGCACCAGCAGCUCUGUGUCUACUGGACAGUCAACUAUAGCUUCGAGGACCCAGCGAUCAGAACACAUCUUCUUGGCCAGCUUCAGAAACCAAGACCCCUGAUCCUGGAUCCUGGUGACCCCACCUGGAAUGUGGGCCAGGGCAGCUGGGAGCUGUUGGCCCAAGAAGCAGCAGUUCUGGAGACUCAGGCCUGCUUGAGGAGUACGGAAGGCACAUCUGUGCAGCCAUGGGAUGUGAUGCCUGCUCUCCUUUACCAAACCCCAGCUGGGGACCUUGACAAGUUCAUCAGUGACUUUCUCCAGCCCAACCGUCAGUUCUUGGCUCAAGUGAACAAGGCUGUUGAUACCAUCUGCUCAUUCCUGAAGGAAAACUGCUUCCAGAAUUCUGCCAUCAAAGUGCUCAAAGUGGUCAAGGGUGGCUCUUUAGCCAAAGGCACAGCUCUGCGAGGCCGCUCGGAUGCAGAUCUAGUGGUGUUCCUCAGCUGCUUCAGCCAGUUCGCUGAGCAAGGGAACAGGCGGGCUGAGAUCAUCUCAGAGAUCCGAGCCCAGCUGGAGGCAUGUCAGCAGAAGAUGCAAUUGGAGGUGAAAUUCGAGAUCCCCAAGAGGGAGAACUCCCGCGUAUUGAGCUUCUCCCUGAAGUCCCAGACGAUGCUGGAUCAGAGUGUGGACUUUGACGUGCUGCCGGCCUUUAACGCCUUAGGCCAGGUGGUCUCCAGCUACAGGCCCCCGUCUCAAGUCUACGUGGACCUCAUCUACAGCUACAACAAUGCGGGCGAGUAUUCCACCUGCUUCACUGAGCUGCAGCGAGACUUCAUCAUCUCUCGCCCCACCAAGUUGAAGAGUCUGAUCCGACUGGUGAAGCACUGGUACCGGCAGUGCAACAAGAUGCCCAGGGGGAGAGGCUCCCUGCCCCCCCAGCAUGGGCUGGAACUCCUGACGGUGUACGCCUGGGAGCAGGGUGGGCAGAGCGCCCAGUUCAACAUGGCCCAGGGCUUCCGCACCGUCCUGGAGCUGGUCAGCCAGUACCGUCAGCUCCGUGUCUACUGGACUGUCAACUACGAUAACGAGGACCAGACUGUCAGAGACUUCCUGAGCCGGCAGCUUCGCCAGCCCAGGCCCAUCAUCCUGGAUCCAGCUGACCCGACAGGCAACCUCGGCCAUAAUGCUCGCUGGGACCUGUUGGCCACAGAAGCUACAGCCUGCAUGUCUGCCCUGUGCUGCACAGACAGGGAUGGCACCCCCAUCCAACCAUGGCCAGUGAAGGCUGCUGUGUGAAGGCCAGCGAGUCUAUGUUUGUACCAGAUGGGCAGAAGGACACCAGCCCUGGUGUGAGGAGAC